AGACCAAACAAAAGGACUCUUCGCUUUCGUUUCAAAAGUACGAGGACAGUAAGAAGUUCACGCGUUGUUGCGAACUGUGAAGCGAAUAUAUUCACUACUUGUCUUUAUGAGAACUGCUGCUAUGGGUGAUGUGAUACAACACCAUCACAAUAGUGUAGUACUUUAGAACAUUCACGUCUCAAAAUGAAGCGGCAAGCCCAACCAGACCACCAGAAGGGGAGCGAGAAUCUCGAAAGCAUUGAUAUUAUUCCUACGGCAACAUCGGAUGACGACAUGUUUUCAACGGCAUUGAUGAAGCUGUCGUUUACCGAUCGAAGUGCAAUCGAAGAAGAGCUCCACGGAGUUUCUUGUAUGGCCGUGAAAGAAACACCCGAACUCAUAGAAGAUGCCCUACGGUGUUUUGACGUUGAACUGCACAAGAUCGAUCAUAAACCGGGCUACGAUAGAGCACAAGAGAUAUUGAUGGAAAACUCCGCCGUUGACACGACCUUCUGGCUCGCACGAAAGGAAUUCAAGCUGCGGUUCUUGAGAUGCGAAUUUUUUGAUCCCCAGAAAGCCGCUGCUCGUUUCGUGAGGUGUCUCGAUCUACUUCUCGAGGUGUAUGGGGAAUAUUCCCUGCGACGGCCGAUCCGCUUGACUGAUAUGACUCGCGACGAAUUGUCCUUCAUGAAGUCAGGUCAGUACCAAUGGCUGCCAUAUCGUGACAGAAGCGGACGCCGAAUUUACUGUAUUGUUGUAAACAACAGAAAUGAUGUUCCUAUGCGGGUUUUGGUACGUAUCAAGAACAAUUUGAUAUGAAUUGAAUCAAUUGAACCAAUGGAAGCACCUUGGUCGAUUCAUUCUGAUCUAUGUAACAGCGGGUGUGCUGGCUACAUGGGACUCACAAUUUUGCAAAUGCCGCACUGCACGAAGACCAAGUGAAGCCAUCGGCUUGGUAGGCAUAGAAUCGGGAAAACGAAAGCCUACGAAUUCGAAAGACGCUCACCUAUUUCUCGUUCUCAUUCUCCGUUGUUAUUUCGCAAUUCCAGCUGAAAGUUUUCUUUUACUUGUGGUUUGUUGCUUCGGGUGGCUCUGAUAUUACUAAUAAUGAUAUCAAAAACCUCGAAACACAACGGAGAGGUGCGAUAGCGAUUGUCUUUCCGAUUAAUGAACACAUGAAAUAUGA